AUCUGCUGUUUCUGCACGUCAACACUGCACAGGAUCAGCGCUGUUCUGUAACACUAAACAAGUUCAACUCUUUAAAUCUGUUUAUUUUUAUCAGAAUGGACUCAGCAGGUGGAGAUUUCUCCAAGUUCGAUGUGGAUGGAGCCAGUGGAAGGACUGUACCACCAGGCCUCACAGUGCAGGAGGCAGAAGAGAUACAGCUGGAACUCACAAAGGUGGAGGAUGAAAUUCUGACUUUAAGGCAGGUUCUGUCUGCAAAAGAGAAGCAUGCUGGGGAUCUAAGAAGGAGGCUGGGCAUGACCCCUCUGUCUGAGAUCAAAAGCAACUUUACCAAAGGUUGGCAUGAAGUUCAGGCUUCAAAUGCUUAUCUUACGGCUUCUGCAACUCUGGAGGACAUUAGUCGUUCUGAUGUAUACAAGAAAACUCAGGAGACUCUUUCUCAGGCGGGUCAGAUGACCUCAUCAGCUUUCUCCACACUGGGCUCAACUAUCAGAAGCAGAGUUGGAGAAAUGAGGGCUUUGACUUACACGCCCUCAACAGGUAGCAACUACUCCAUGCGCCACUCCUUAAGUAUGCCCACUAUGAGGAACUCGCCGACCUUUAAAACCUUUGAGGAUAAAGUGUCUAAUUUAGGUGGAAACCGACCGAAUGGUGAAGAUGCUUAACCCUCAGCUGGCCGUGAUUCUCGAGUAGGAAGCACAACCUCAUUACCAAAUCUGACCUUUCUGAGCAAAACCAUGUCUUUUAUUGAAUGCACUUUGCUAACCACCUGGAAAAGUUACAUCUCGAUCAAUUGGGAGAAACUGUUAUAUAAAAGCAUGACACUUCUGCUGCUGGAUUUCUGUAUGAUUCAAUUUGAAUAAACUCACACUGUAUAUUAACUCACACUCCUAAAAAUAAACAUGAACGUGGGAAACUGCUGGUAUCCUCCUAACUGCCGUUCUGUGCAGUGAAUUUGUUUGUAGUUUGUAAAAGGGUUUCAGACUAAUGUCUGCACUUAAGUUACCAGAUUUUGAGUGAGGCCGUUUAGUCCUUGCUGCUCUAUACACUGUAGGUAAACCUGGAAAGCUUUCCUGGCACUGUGAGGUACUGCUGGUGCAUAUGAUUGUUACACUUUUAUUAAACGAUGUAUUAAAUCCCUGUAACUCAGGGCAACAGGUGCAACAUUCGACCCUGGGAAUGUAACGUCUUAUUAGUGUAGAAUAUAUGAUUAAAUCCCUUAUUUUUAUGAUUUCUGUUUAGUUGUAAAUUUACCCUUGUUGCCCAUUAGUCAGUUACUACUGUUUUUCUGCUACAAUGAAGGAUUCUGUUGAGUUUAAAUCUAUAUUUUGGUGUUUGAUUAGAUGUGUCAUGUCUGUCUUGAUUUUUUUUCUCUGGUAAAACAUUAAGACAAAAGCUUAAAAUAGCAAACUGACCUUUAAUGUAAUGUGUUGUUUUAUAUUUAUUUUGGCAUCAUUCAGGAACUAAAUGCAACCAAACUGGUGUUUCUGUACAUUUUGGCUUAUUUUGGUCUGAUACAAAAUGCAGCGUUCACAUAAUGAAAGACUGUUAACUUUCUUCUUUACACUAAUCUGACUGCAGUGUGUGAUUGAAUCUUUAAAGGUCUCAUGUUGGCCUACUGCAACAUAUGCUACUGAGGUAUUUAAUAUUCCCAUUUUGUUAUGGAAAUGCUUAAAUAAACCUAGAGGUGGAAAACA